AUGGGUUAUGCAAAACAAAGCCAUACUCAACUGUCCGGAAGCCUCCGAGUGUUUAGGGUUCAGCAGUAUAGAGGGGUAGAGACGGAGAGAAAUUCCUUGCUACAUAUCGAGGAUGCCUUGGCCUGUAGCCAACGCUGUUUUACGCUGUUCCUUGCCUUCUGCAUGAUGCUGCUGUUGCUGUUGGUGGCGGUGCACUUGCCGUUGCUGCUGUUGGAUCCGCGUUUUAACCCCGAGUUUGAUGAGAAAUCUGAGCAGAAGACUCGCAGUGUAUUGGCAGCUCCUGUCAUGGAUCGAUCCGGGGAGGUUAUUGCUGCACUUGUCCUCUUCAACAAGCAUCCGCAGUUCACAGGACGCUUUUCUGAGGACGACGAACGGAUGGUGGAGAUGAUGAGCCGCCAUGUGCAAAUUUUUAUGGAGAUGUUUGAGUACGGCGCGGCAGAAGACAGGAAAAUGAUAUUCCUUCCCGAGCCAGAAGACGUGUCCAAAGGGGAGAGAGACAAAUAUCGACAAGCACAAACGCAUGCGAGACAUGAAUCAGAUGCCUCUUCAACCGCUACCAGCGACAGCAGCCACCGGAACAUAAGCAACGGGAGCAACAACAACGAAGUCCAUCGGGGGAGUUGGCUGCGGCAUUUAGGGGACAUAUGGGCUGCAACAUUUGCCACAACAGUAACAAACCAUAAAACGGAGCACCAUCAUCAGCAGCACCAACAACAUACGAAGCAGAAGCACAGGCUACAAGACCCUGGUGCCUCUUGCAAUUGUAGCAGCAGCUGCAACAGUUGCAGCAAGAGUGUAAACAGCUCAAGCGUGUUGAUGCAGUCUCUUGGCAGUCCGUAUUUGGGUGGUGUUGGCGAUUCCCGUGCAACGGGAGGAGGGGGGUCGGGGGGCAGUCUUAGCAGGAACCCUGCUGCUGCGGCAGCAGCAGCUGCGGCAGCUGCUGCGGCAGCAGCAACAGCAGCAGGAAUAGGCAUGGCUGCGGUGGAGGGGAGAUUUGCUUGGUGGUCGAGGUGGCUGCGCUGCUUUUUUGAGGGUGACGACAUGUUAAAUUUGCGAGACAAACCAAGUGGUUCAGAAGAAGAAGGAACAGCAGCUGCAGCAGAAACAGCUGCACCAGCAACAGGAAACACAGCAGCAACAACAGGAACUGCAGCUGCAAAGACUGUAUGGACGAGGGGAGAGUGCGGUAGAGGCAUUCAGGGGGGAGGGUUUUGCCCUGUUAAAAUAGGGAUGGAGGAGCCGUCUCAAGGAGACAGCUCUGCAGGUGCUGCAACAUCAUCUAGCCACAAGAAGAAGAAGACAGCAACUUUCUUGCAGUGGAGGACAUCUUCACCUCAUUUGUGCAGCAGCAGCAGCAGCAGCAGCACGGGUGCAAAGAUUGUCCGGGUCGAGAGAUGA